AUGCUGGGCGCUGCCGCGGCGGCGCUUCUUGUGCUGACGAGUGGCCCCGUGCACGCAGAGGAGGGAGGCCUGUUCGCAGGCUUGACAGACGCCCAGCGCAGCAAGCUGGACGCCGCCGAGCAGUCCUUCCAGCAGUCCGAGACCCUGAAACUGCUGCGGGAGCGCUCAGAAGCGAACAGGGCAAAGAACAAGAAGGCGAUAGAGAACAAGUACUGCUACCGUCAGGCGGAGCUGGGCAUCGGGGACUGCGGCGGGCUGAGCCUGAUCCCCGGGAUGACUAACAACGGCAAGCAGAAGACCCCCGAGUGGCUCUCCAAGUUGCUGGGGGUGGAGCAGCAGGAGCAGUGCGUCCAAGAGCUCAUCGCGUCAGACCCCUCCCAGCUGUCCACCCAGUUUGCAGCCGCUGUUGCUGGCGGCGGCGCGCCAACGCACCUCUCCAUGCGUGUCGUGGAGGCUCCCGCCGAGCUGUGCGCCCCCAUGCGCACCGACAAGCGCAUCUCCCCGCCGUUCCGCGUGCGCGUCAAGGCGCACCACGCAGGCGCCCUGGAGUUCCCGUUCACGGUCAAAGCCUACAUAGUUGACCGGGAGGCCGCAAACAGCAUCCACGA